AUGGCUGCUGAGCGCCGUCAAAAGGUCUGGGAGAUCAAUGGAGGAGACAAGGUGUCUUUGCCGAUUGUAAAAUUUCCGCCUUUCAAAUUGAGAGCAGCAAUGGUCGAGAAAGAUCCGGUAAUAUGGUUACACCUUAUAGAAACCUACAAUCAGUACUUCUCUUAUUUGAUGUCUAACGGAAGGCUAGAGCAGUUGAAUGAAUCCACUUAUGAGAACCUGUGUUUGUUUGUGCGACAGUAUCUGCGAGAGCUGUCCGACGAAGAGGGGAAGCUUCUGAGUCUUGGGAUGAACAGAGAUGUUGAAGAACAAUUGCAGUUGUUAAGAAGAUGGGUGUUUUCGGUAGUCAAAGUAUGUGGGUUACUUCAUUUACAACUCUCUGGUGACACUCUGUGGGAUUUUGUGAAGCUGUAUGUAAGAAAUAACCCGAAAACUGUGCGCUCGUUGGUGCAAGGAACGCUGAAACCUGAGAUAAAUACACAGAAGGCACAUCUCAAUAGGACUUAUCAGGUUCACCAGCAUUUGAAGCAGCUUGUGGAUAGCUCGAAGUUCACAAGAGUGGAUCUAAAAGCGCUACAAAGCCUGUUAUCAGAUACUGGAGGCAAACGAGCGAACUCAUUCGCAGAUCAGUUUCUCACCGCCAAGUGGGCUGAAAUCAUGGAGGCCUGGUUCAAGCAAGAUGCUAAUAAAAGUACAAAAGCUAUUUCUCGAGAGCUAGGAAUCUUGACGUACAUGUGUGCUGGCGAAAAUCGAGUAAUUGGAGUAGUAUCGGAGCUUAACAUUACCACUUUAGAAAUGCUUCAGCUUUAUCCUUUACUAGCAUCGGUUUUAAUGCAUACUUCAUCAAGAGCGCACUUCAAGGGCCUUAAGGCAAAGUUACCGUUUUUGAGACCAUUACUAGCGAAUAGUAAAAAACAGAAUUUACCCACCAUCAGGUCUGAAGAUGUUAGCACCAUCUUAGAGCUUUUCCCCUUUUUGACUACAGGUCAAGUUGAAAAAAGGCUCCAGGCGAAUGACUGCAAUGUCGAGGCGGCCAUUGAAAGUUUAUUCGAAAAUCCAUUAGAAUCCCAAGAAGAUGUGACUUACGAAGAACCUGUGUCGGAACCGGUACAAGGUUUGAAAACUACAGAAUUUCAAAGUGAGCUCACCCAAAAUGAUAAAAUUUCAAAUGAAUACGUUCCGACGGAACACGUACCCGACGAAGUGCGUAACAAGACCCUUACAAGAGCUCUGGCUCUUCUUUAUCAGGCCGACGAAGAUGAAAAAGAUGACACUUACGAUGAUGCGGAAGCUCAACCUGUUCGAGACGAGAGUAAAGAUGGUUUAGAGAGCUCAUACGAUAAAACCGAAGGGUAUCUGUGGACAAUUUUCAAGGAAAAAAGAUCGCUCUUUGAUAGGUCAAAUAGAGGGUCGAAGAUUAGAAAGGAAAUGAAGUCUGCAACCUCCUGGUCGGACGAGCAAGUUGAAGGCUGGGCGCGAAUGUUAGAGCGGAGUCCCAAAAGAGCUCAGCUUCUUGAAGAAAAGUAUAUGUUCAGAGGAAACGUUCGGGCUGGCAAAAAAGCAUUCGUGCAAAGUAAAAACGGUGGUGAAUAUGAUAGAAAUGCGGGGCGCGCUCCACGAGAAGAGCAGCGAACACAACAUAGGAGAACGCCUGCUAAUGGCAGUGGCGACAAGAGUCAAUCCAACGUCAGGAAGGAAAAGAACAAAUCGUCUAGGGCUAAUCACAAUAGGAAAUCGGGACAUGAUAAAAAAAUGUCCAAAGUAAUGCCUUAG